AUGGCUUCGCAAACGCCCGCCGUUGUCAUGGACAAGUAUGUUUUUCAAAGCUUGGUAAGGACGCUCGGCCAAACCGAGUCGAACUCAGUAGCUUAUGCCAACCCAGGGUUCGCCGGCAAUGACUCUCCUUCUUUCGUCUUCCCUACUGCUAUUGCGACCAAAGGGUCCGCUGCAGGAGGCAGUGGAUCAGGAUCAGGCAGACCCGCUGUCGCCAACAAACCCUCAUUCCUCACAGGUGGCGCUGGACCAGGAUCGCAACUAUCGGGCAAGCGAGGGACAGAAGACCUGGACUUCUAUAUUGGAGAUGAGGCGUUAGCGGCAGGAGCCGGGCCUGGAUACGGCAUACACUAUCCAGUCAGACAUGGGCAGGUUGAGAACUGGGAUCACAUGGAGAGAUUCUGGUCCAAUUCCAUAUUCAAAUAUUUACGGGUCGAGCCUGAAGACCAUUACUUUCUUCUCACGGAACCGCCACUGAAUCCUCCAGAAAACCGAGAAAACACAGCCGAGAUCAUGUUCGAGUCCUUCAAUUGCGCCGGUCUCUACAUUGCGGUACAGGCAGUCCUUGCCCUUGCAGCCUCGUGGACAUCGGCGAGGGUCUCAGACCGAUCAUUAACGGGAACAGUCAUUGAUUCUGGCGACGGAGUUACACAUGUCAUUCCAGUUGCAGAAGGCUAUGUAAUUGGAUCAUCGAUAAAGAGCAUACCAAUCGCGGGACGUGAUAUAACAUAUUUUGUCCAAAGCCUCUUGAGAGACCGAGGCGAGGCAGACAGCAGCUUGAAAACCGCCGAAAGAGUGAAGGAAGAAUACUGCUACGUAUGCCCAGAUAUAGUGAAGGAGUUUGCACGAUUCGACAAAGAGCCUGAUCGAUUCCUGAAGCAUACCGUCACUCAACCGAACGGAAGGACGGUGCAAAUAGACGUUGGCUACGAACGAUUCCUCGCUCCGGAAAUCUUCUUCAACCCUGAGAUCUACUCUUCUGAUUUCCUUACACCUCUACCAAAUGUAGUUGACGGAGUCAUCCAGUCAUCCCCUAUUGAUGUCCGACGAGGCUUGUACAAGAAUAUCGUGCUGUCAGGCGGCUCAACAUUAUACCAGGCCUUUGGUCGGCGGUUACAACGAGACAUCCGACACCUCGUUGAGGCGAGGAUACGGGCAUCAGAAGCGAGAAGUGGUGGAGCGAGGAGUGGUGGUUUGGAUGUGCAGGUGGUGACUCACAAAAGGCAAAGACAUGGUCCGUGGUUUGGAGGCAGUCUGCUCGGUCAGACACCAGAGUUUCGAAGUUAUUGUCAUACCAAGGCGGAGUAUGAUGAGUUUGGGCCCAGCAUUGUGAGGAGGUUUGCCUUGCUUGGUGGGCCUGGGAGUACGUGA